AGGAAUGUGCAUUAGUCUAAUUAUUUUGGUGUAACUGAACAAACAAUAUCAACAGUGAGCACUUAAGUUUAAUCUACAAUGCAAACAAGUGCAUUAGAAGUUUUAAUAGACAUAUCCACAGCUAACAGUAACGGAGGUCGAAUAAAAUGUAGUGAAAAUGCAUUGACACUGUUUUGGGAACUACUCCAUGACGAAUAUUCUCAAGAAAUUGAAUACGCAUCUAUGAAAAGAGCUAUUGAAAAGCAUUGGAAAGAGUUUUGUGAUAAUUAUCAAGAAUAUCAGAAAGAUGCGGUUAAAAACAUAACGUUUCAUGUAUUUACCAAUGUUUUUCUUGUCACAAACCAGAAAGAAAGGUUACAAGCAUGGAAUAGUAUAGUGAAUUAUGCCUAUGACUCUCUGGUUCAAAAACAAGCUCAAUCAAAGCUUCACGCUCUCAUUAUGACCAAACCAGAAUACAAGAGCUUGGUAAGAGAUCUUAUUCCUUUUGUAAAGCUUAAUGUAAUUCUUAAAUCACUAGAAUUGCCUUGUAAAAAUACUGUAGCAUUAAAAUCUAUGCUUCAAGAGCUAAAUGAACAUACAGUCUCUCCUGCACUAUCAAGAGAAGAUUGCUACGAGAUAAUUGCUGCAAAAUUAGGAACAGAUGAUGUAGACUUAGUAAGUUUUAAAGUUGAUUAUUUGGAUUCCAGCAUGGGUUUCAUGGGAGAAUACGCAAAACUAAACAUCCUUGUAAAUCGCUUAAAAAAGGAAGAAACCCAUAAGUUUUUCAUCAAGCUCGUGCCACAGAUCAUUGAUGAAUUAAGAGGAGGUUGGCUUAAAAUAUCUGUCAAAAAAGAAGCUGAGCUCUACCUGCGAUUUAUAGCGAUGGCAAGGAAAUUGGGUUUCGAAAAAGUUAGUAAGUUUGCCCCUGAAUGUUAUCUCCAAUCUCAAUCAUUUCUAGCUUUCGAAGAUGCUUCGGUGGAUAAUUACCAAUCUCCACCUUUGGAAGACCUUGACUAUAAACAUCUUUCAAUUGCUUUCAAGGAAAUGGCUAAGCUACACUCAACUUCCCUUUUACUCGAACAUAAGUUAGCAGCUUUAUCGGGUGUCAAGAAGACUUUGGAUGAGUAUUUUCCAGAGAUGCUCACAGAAAUGUUUAUCCAUGACUCAUCAGAUGCGUUCACGGCUUGUAAUCUACGAAGUAUGCAAAAAGAAGCAGAACGGUUUCCAGAAAUUGUUAAAGAUAUGUCUAUGGAAGAGUUCCAGAACAGAAUUAAAACCCAUGUAUACUCAAAGAUUUAUUCAGGCUUCAGAAAAUCCAAAAAGUACGUUAACGUCAUUUGUAAUGGGGACGUCUGGUGGAAAAAUAUUAUGUUCAAAUGGGAUGAUAAUAAAAACCCCAUAGCUUGUUAUUUGAUCGAUUUUCAAAUGUGCAGAUACGUACCGCCAGCGUUGGAACUACUGGUGCUAACUCAGGUGUGUACAAAUAUAGAAACCAGACAAAAGUACUUGCCAAAACUUCUGGACGAAUACUAUAACCACGUAAAGACAAAUUUGGAAGAAUAUGGGGUUAAUGUUGAAGAAGUCUUUCCUUACAAAGAUUUUAUUUCCUCAGUGGACGACCUUAAACCUUGUGCUGUAUAUAUAGCUACUCAAAACCGUUCCGUUAUUUUUAUACCCCCAGAAAGACUGGAGAAGAUGAAGUCCAGUCCAGAAGAAGCUAUGCAUUUCUAUACCGUCGAGAAAGAGUACUUAUACGAUGAGGUUUGGAACCAAAUGCCUCUUCAUAGAAUUAGAGAAGACUUUCAAGAACUAUAUUGGCUCUGUUUGAAAGAUUGAUGUAAUAUACUCAUAUACUCUACUAUAAAGCUCAGAUUUAUUGUAAAUAUAUUAUAAAAACUAA